GGCGGGCGAGCGGCCUCGCUGCGUGCGUGAGCGAGCGAGCGGGCGAAGGGGCGGCGAGUGGCCUUCCGACGUCGAACGACGCCUUCCCAGCGCAAUCAAUCUCGAUCCGAUUGCAAGAUCCCUCGUAAAGCGAUCGAAGAAAGAACGAGAGGUUGGUUGAAUGGAAUCCACUGGGAAAUUGCGUGCCUGUUGACCCCAAUACAUUUACACCGAUCAUAUAUAAAAGUUUGCGACAGCGACAUCUUGGAUAUUUUUGUCCACCGUAUCCACCAGAUCAAUCAUCAUUGACAGAGUUGCUGCGCUAUGACUCAGCUGGAUCGUGUCUCUGCGUCAACGUGACCCCAAAAGGGAUAAAUCGUGAGUUCUCCUCUCGGCCACAUGCGGCCAUACUUCGAUCCUGAUUAUGACAAUUUCAACCAAUGGAUCAAUCCUCCAAGGUUCUACUUAUUCACAUACUUUGUUUGCACCUUUUCUCAAUAUGCAUCAUUAAACAAAUAUAAUGUUGUAUCAGUGACUGUGCUAGAAAAAAAUUCGAGGGAGGUCAUUAAACUAAAAAUAUUUUGCCAUUAAAUUAAGUAGAUAAGGAUAGUUUGCCAUUCAAAGAGUAAUUAAGGACAAGGAUUUUUGUUUCACAAGAAAAUUAUUGUGCCAAUCACCACUCUGGUGAUAUAAAGGAGUGGAGAACAAGUACACGAGUGCAAUGAUGUUCAAAGGGUGAGACUCUCAUUGUGAAUGGAGGAAGUCGGAGAGGAUUGGCCAGGAAGGAGUGGAACAGUGAGCAGCGAGAAUGCAAGCAGUGAUGGCGAGCAAAACAUGAGAGCAGUACAACGUGAUAGUGGGGUUAAUUGAUUUCAGCAAGACAAGCUAGCGAUGUCCCUGUGUUGCAUGAACUACACAUGCAUAGUUAUGAUCUGUUCUUUUUAUUAUGUACUUUGUCUAUUCAUGAUGGAAAAGAUUGGCUUUUGGAUGGUUUUGUUUUGGUUGUUUCAGGGUAUGCAUUGACAACACUACUCGGAGUGAUUGCACACUUGUUAAGGUGGACAGUGUCAACAAGCCUGGCAUACUAUUAGAAGUUGUGCAGGUUUUGAGUGAUCUGGACCUUCCCAUUUCCAAAGCUUACAUCACUUCUGAUGGCACGUGGUUUAUGGAUGUGUUCCAUGUUACUGAUCAGCAAGGGAGAAAGAUUACUGACAAAAAGACAAUUGACUACAUUGAAAAGGCUCUAGGUCCAGAAGGAAUAAAGGCAAAAUCAUCACCAGGAAAAUCAGUUGGAGUGCACUCAUUUGGUAGCCACGUUGCUAUAGAACUUAUAGGCACAGAUCGUCCAGGCCUUCUCUCAGAGAUAUUUGCUGUCCUUGCAAAUCAACAUUGCAAUGUAGUAGCUGCUGAAGUCUGGACCCACAAGACACGAGUUGCCUGUGUCAUAUAUAUAAACGAUGAAGUCUCAACUCAGCCGAUGACUGAUCCCAAUUGCAUGUCAGCAAUGGAGGAACAGCUUAGGAAUGUUUUACGUGGUGGUAAUGAUUUAAAAGGUGCUCGGACUAACUUCUCUGUAGGUUCAACCCAUGUUGAUCGUCGCCUCCAUCAGCUAAUGCUGGCUGACAAGGACUAUGAAAGUGACGAUGGGGUUAUAGAUGAGAAAGAUGGCAUGCUUUUCAAGCCAAUCAUCACUGUUGACCAUUGCGAGGACAAAGGGUACUCAGUGGUGAACAUUAAAUGCAAAGAUCGGACGAAGUUGUUGUUUGAUAUAGUGUGCACAUUGACAGACAUGCAGUUUGUUGUAUCCCAUGCUUCAGUCUCAUCCGAUGGUACCUAUGGUUUACAGGAGUUGUACAUCCGUCACAAGGAUGGAAAGACCCUUGAUUCUAUGGAAGAAAAGGAGAACGUCAUCAAGUGCCUUGAAGCUGCAAUUCUUAGAAGAGUGUCUGAGGGCUUCGGUCUGGAGAUCUGUGCUAAAGACAGAGUAGGAUUGUUAUCUGAUGUCACAAGAGUGCUGCGCGAGUAUGGUCUUUCAGUGUCAAGAGCAGAUGUGACAACUAUAGGAGAGAAGGCCAUGAAUGUGUUCUACGUGAGAGAUCCAUCAGGUAAUCCAGUAGACAUGAAGACCAUCGAGGCACUCCGAAAGGAGAUUGGGCAAACUAUGAUGCUUAAUGUGAGGAAGUUACCUUCAGCUACCAAGUCUCCCGAGGCGAGUGGGUGGGCCAAGACCAGUUUCUCCUUCGGCAACUUGCUUGGCAAGUUCUUGAGUUUAUCAGGGAGACAGGAUUUGCCUCCUGUGGUCUGAUCUCAGUUCUUGCCAUAAGGAUUAAGGCAUGCAUGUAGAUUAUCACUCUGUAAAUGUAAGUUCCUAGAAUCUGCUGGGGCAUUUGAGGUGCAUCCUAUUAUCUGAUUCCUGUAAAAUGUGCACCAUAAUAACUUGUUGUAGGAUCUUGCUAACUUCCUCUUUGCAGUUCAUAACCAUUUAAAAUAUU